CCAAGCGGCGCACUGUAGCAGUGCACCACCAGGCCGGCCCAUUACCUCUUCUUUUGAUGAAGCAAAUGUCUUAAAUUUGCAGAGCCACUUUCUCCAAAGAACUAAAUAAUAGAUAAUAUUUGUCAACUUUAUGCUUACAUGCUAGGCGUUGUGCCACUACUUUAUCUGUAUAUCCAUAUAAUCUUCAGCAACCUUCCAGGAAAUUAUCAUCCUCAUUUUACAGAUGAGAAAAGUGAGACUUAGGGAGGUUACAUGGUUUGCACACUGCUGCUGAGUGGUGGAUCUUGCAUACCUGAGAGUCUUACUCUCUAGUGUUUCCCUGCGUCUGAGUGAGCUGAUGGAAUUUCUGAGGUAGGAGAAAAUGGGAAAAUUUACAUACGACUGCAGGUCUGCCAGUUCAGCCCUAGUGUCAUUUGAACACUUUCUUCAUAGUGAGAAUUGGUGACUCUAUAGGCUGCAAACUUCUGUUUCUUAUUGAUUUCUUUCUCUUCUUCCAGUACCACCUUCUUGGGACCCUGCCCUUCCCCAAAAGGAAGACUCGGGAGAAGGCGGAAUGGAUUCUAGUCUCUGCACACCUGGGCCCCAGACUGGAAGAUUGUAUCUCAGUCACCACCCCAGCAACCCACUUCUGAAGAAUCAUUUCCGGACACGAGUAUAGAGAUGGCCCCUGGGGAGUCAGAGCACAGAAAGGGUGAACUUGGGAAGAGCUUCAGUCUGAGACCAGUACUUUCACUACAGCAGACAGUUCCUAAAGAAGUGCGUCCUGACAAACGUGAAACACACUCUAAGAGAUUUGAGACUUUACAAGUAAUUAAACCUCACAGAGCGAGACCGUACACAUGUAAUGAGUGUGGCAAAGCCUUCAGCUACUGUUCUUCCCUUUCUCAGCACCAGAAGAGCCACACUGGGGAGAAACCCUAUGAGUGCAGUGAGUGUGGGAAGGCCUUCAGCCAGAGCUCAUCUCUUGUUCAGCACCAGAGGAUCCAUACGGGAGAGAAGCCUUACAAAUGCAGUGAAUGUGGAAGAGCCUUCAGCCAGAACGCAAACCUUACAAAACACCAGCGAACUCACACUGGAGAAAAGCCCUACAAAUGUAGUGAAUGUGACAAAGCCUUCAGCGACUGUUCAGGUCUUGCUCAGCAUCAGCGAAUUCAUACUGGAGAGAAACCCUAUGAAUGCAGUGACUGUGGGAAGGCCUUCCGUCACAGUGCAAACCUCACAAACCACCAGCGGACUCACACUGGGGAGAAGCCCUACAAGUGCAGUGAGUGUGGGAAAGCCUUCAGUUACUCUGCAGCAUUCAUUCAGCACCAGAGAAUUCACACAGGGGAGAAACCCUACAAAUGUAGCACAUGUGGGAAGGCCUUCGGUCAGAGUGCAAACCUCACAAACCACCAGAGGACUCAUACAGGAGAGAAACCCUACAAGUGCAGUCAGUGUGGGAAGGCCUUCAGCCAGAGUACAAAUCUUAUAAUCCACCGAAAGACCCACACUGGGGAGAAGCCAUACAAAUGUAAUGAAUGUGGGAAAUUCUUCAGUGAGAGCUCAGCCCUUAUUCGACAUCACAUAAUUCACACUGGAGAAAAGCCCUACGAGUGUAAGGAGUGUGGAAAAGCUUUUAACCAGAGUUCAUCCCUUAGUCAGCAUCAGAGGAUUCACACUGGUUUGAAACCCUAUGAAUGCAGCGAGUGUGGAAAGGCCUUCAGGUGUAGGUCAGCUUUCAUUAGACAUCAGAGACUCCAUGCUGGAGAAUAGCUGGGAACACAGUAGGUGGAGAAAGCCCCAGAUGUGCCAACUCAUAACUCAACAUCUAAAUCAGGGCAGGUGGGUGGGGCUCUCAGAGAAAUGCUGAGGGCUUGAAAGCAUCUUGGGAUGUUUGACUUUCAUAGUCUGUCGUGCACAGCUACAUGCAAAAGCACCUCUAAUAAAUACUUGGUCAGGGCCAGCCCGUGGCUCACUUGGGAGAGUGUGGUGCUGAUAACACCAAA